AUGAAACCCAACCUUCACUUGGCGUCUUUAGGGUUUCGGUAUUAUUCUCAGCCACUUAAACGAUCCCAGAUUUACAGCAAGAUGUCUCAUGUAUAUAAGAGCUUGGAGGAGCAGCAGAAAAGUGUAUACUUUGGUCAUGAAACUUUAAAUAGAAUAAGUUUUAUGCGUGAAGAAAGCGACUUUAUCACAUCGGCAAUAUUCCAUGAAUCGGCCAAGUUUAUAUUUUUCAAGGAAACCAAUCCGUUGGUUCUGAAAAACAGCGAUAAAAAACUCGUGGUGCUCGACAAUAGUGUUCUUCGGAAACACGAUUUUUGGAACUCAGCAAUCACAAAAUGGUCCAAAGAUAACGCCGACCAAGAGCCUACCAUGAGAGACGGCGAAGCUCCCACUAUAUUGUUCAUGGGUAUAGAGGACGAGACUGUUGGUCUUGACUUGAAAUCGUUGAAACUGCAAGAAGACGACGAGAAAGAAAAGUUUCUUGACUACCAAGGAAGGUACCAAGGGGUGCCGUAUUUUGCUGUUGAUUUGACCAAAUCCAGUCAACUCGAGAAAGAGAUCAUUGCUACAGCUUACAGCUCGCUUGGGGUCGAGAAAGACUCGAUCUUUUUCACUUAUUCGAGAAAACAUUUUUUUGGGUUCGAAGACAAAGAAGGUGCGUUAUUCUCUCAUGGCAAGCAAUUUCUCGACUGGUUAGCAAGAAAUCUUUUUUGCCCAGGUUGCGGAUCCAAGGUGAUUCCCAUCCAUGCGGGAGGUAAGCUCAGGUGUACCAACCCUAAAGAGGAAGGCGAGGGUGCUUGUCCUGUCAAAGCAGCACCAAUUUCCAAUGUAUCUUUUCCACGCACAGAUGCGGUGAUUAUCACUGCUAUUACAAACCAAGAUAAGACUAAAAUGCUUCUUUCUUUAUCCAAGAGAUACGCAGACCUAAAGAUGUACUCGUGCACGGCUGGGUUUAUGGAACCAGCAGAGACUGUGGAAGUAGCUACAGGCCGUGAAAUAUGGGAAGAGACCGGAGUGGUGUGUCGCAAAAUUAAUAUGAUGUUGACACAACCAUGGCCGUUUCCUGCCAAUCUCAUGAUCGGAUGCUUGGCAGAAGUCGAAUUCAACGGCGUGAACGAAAAUAUCAAUUUGGGCCACGACAAAGAACUCGCUGAUGCCCGUUGGUUCGACAUGGAAUUUGUGCGUCAAUUGAUUUACGAGAGAAAAGCUAUGGACAACCCAGAGGGCAUAAACUUGCCCAAUCCUGAGUCCAUUGCGUACCUGUUGAUCCGGAUGGUAGUUGACCAGGCCGGAAACAGCAAAUUGUAA